AUGGUUGCUGCGACGAAAAGACGGAAAACGCAUGUCCAUAAACAUGUGAAAGACGAAGCGUUUGAUGAUCUAUUGAAACCAGUGUAUAAAGGUAAGAAGCUAACUGACGAGAUCAAUACCGCUCAGGAUAAGUGGCAUCUUUUACCUGCAUUCUUAAAAGUUAAAGGGUUAGUCAAGCAACAUCUUGACUCGUUCAACUAUUUUGUUGAUACCGAUUUAAAGAAAAUUAUAAAGGCAAAUCAGCUAAUUCUAAGUGAUGUUGAUCCAGAAUUUUAUUUGAAAUAUAUCGAUAUUAGAGUAGGGAAGAAAUCUUCUUCUUCGACGAAGGACUAUUUGACACCUCCUCAUGAGUGUAGACUUAGAGACAUGACGUACUCUGCGCCCAUCUAUGUGGAUAUAGAAUAUACCAGAGGUAGGAAUAUUAUUAUGCAUAAAGACGUGGAAAUUGGUAGGAUGCCCAUCAUGUUAAGAUCUAAUAAAUGUAUUCUUUAUGACGCCGAUGAAUCAAAAAUGGCCAAAUUGAAUGAGUGCCCGCUGGAUCCAGGUGGUUAUUUCAUCGUUAAUGGUACUGAAAAGGUUAUUCUUGUUCAAGAACAAUUAUCCAAAAAUCGUAUCAUUGUAGAAGCAGAUGAGAAAAAAGGCAUUGUCCAGGCGUCUGUCACCUCCUCGACCCAUGAAAGAAAAUCCAAGACUUAUGUCAUCACCAAGAAUGGCAAAAUCUAUCUAAAGCAUAACUCCAUCGCUGAGGAAAUCCCCAUUGCCAUUGUCCUGAAAGCUUGUGGCAUUUUGUCAGAUUUGGAAAUUAUGCAAUUGGUUUGCGGUAACGAUAGUAGCUACCAAGAUAUCUUCGCUGUCAAUCUAGAAGAAUCCUCAAAAUUAGAUAUUUAUACACAACAGCAAGCCUUAGAAUAUAUUGGCGCGAAAGUGAAGACGAUGAGGAGACAAAAACUGACUAUCCUGCAAGAAGGUGUAGAAGCCAUUGCCACUACAGUCAUUGCACAUUUGACCGUGGAGGCCCUUGACUUCAGAGAAAAGGCUUUAUAUAUUGCAAUGAUGACUCGGAGAGUGGUAAUGGCAAUGUAUAACCCCAAAAUGAUUGAUGAUAGAGAUUAUGUUGGUAAUAAGCGUCUUGAACUGGCUGGCCAAUUGAUUUCUUUAUUGUUUGAAGAUUUGUUCAAAAAAUUUAAUAAUGAUUUUAAACUAAGUAUUGAUAAAGUCUUGAAGAAACCAAAUAGGGCGAUGGAAUACGAUGCAUUGCUGUCCAUUAACGUGCAUUCGAAUAAUAUUACCAGUGGACUAAACAGAGCUAUUUCAACAGGCAACUGGUCCCUUAAGAGAUUUAAGAUGGAAAGGGCGGGUGUUACACAUGUUCUUUCGAGACUAUCUUAUAUCUCCGCACUGGGUAUGAUGACGAGAAUUUCAUCUCAGUUUGAAAAAUCAAGAAAGGUGUCCGGCCCAAGAGCGUUGCAACCUUCCCAAUUUGGUAUGCUUUGUACUGCUGAUACUCCAGAAGGUGAAGCUUGUGGUCUAGUGAAAAAUUUAGCAUUAAUGACACAUAUUACUACAGAUGACGAAGAAGAGCCUAUAAAAAAAUUAUGCUAUGUCCUUGGUGUAGAAGAUAUAACAUUGAUUGAUAGUGCAUCCUUGCAUUUGAACUAUGGUGUUUAUCUUAAUGGUACCUUGAUUGGUUCAAUUAGGUUCCCAAUAAAAUUUGUCACUCAGUUCAGAAAUUUAAGGAGAACGGGUAAAGUGUCAGAGUUUAUCUCAAUUUAUUCGAACUCUCACCAAAUGGCAGUUCAUAUUGCUACCGAUGGUGGUAGAAUUUGUAGGCCUUUGAUCAUUGUUUCAAGUGGAGAAUCUCGCGUUAAAGACACCCAUUUACGUCAGUUACUGGAUGGUAAAUUAGAUUUUGACGAUUUUUUGAAGCUUGGGUUAGUGGAAUAUUUAGAUGUCAAUGAAGAAAACGAUUCUUACAUUGCAUUGUAUGAAAAGGACAUUGUUCCUUCAAUGACACAUUUGGAAAUAGAGCCAUUCACCAUUUUAGGUGCCGUUGCUGGUUUAAUUCCAUAUCCGCAUCAUAAUCAAUCUCCACGUAACACAUAUCAAUGUGCGAUGGGGAAGCAAGCCAUUGGUGCAAUCGCAUACAAUCAAUUCAAGAGGAUAGAUACGUUACUAUACUUGAUGACUUAUCCACAACAGCCAAUGGUCAAAACUAAAACUAUUGAGCUGAUAGAUUAUGAUAAGUUGCCUGCUGGGCAAAACGCUACGGUUGCCGUCAUGUCAUAUUCUGGUUAUGAUAUCGAAGAUGCCCUAGUCCUAAAUAAGUCGUCCAUUGAUAGAGGCUUCGGUCGUUGCGAAACUCGUAGGAAGACAACCACUGUUUUGAAAAGAUAUGCAAACCAUACUCAAGAUAUCAUCGGUGGUAUGCGUGUUGACGAAAAUGGUGAACCUAUAUGGCAGCACCAAUCUCUGGGUCCUGAUGGUCUGGGUGAAGUGGGUAUGAAAGUCCAGAGUGGUCAAAUUUAUAUCAACAAAUCUGUUCCAACUAAUUCUGCAGACGCGCCAAACCCAAAUAUUGUGAACGUUCAAACCCAGUAUAGAGAAGCUCCGGUCAUAUAUAGAGGUCCUGAGCCUUCCCAUAUCGACCAAGUCAUGAUGUCAGUUUCUGAUAAUGAUCAAGCGUUGAUCAAAGUUCUUUUGAGACAAAGCAGAAGACCAGAAUUGGGUGAUAAAUUUUCUUCUAGACAUGGUCAAAAGGGUGUUUGCGGUAUUAUCGUCAAGCAAGAGGAUAUGCCUUUUAACGAUCAAGGUAUAGUUCCAGAUAUUAUCAUGAAUCCUCACGGUUUCCCAUCCCGUAUGACUGUGGGUAAAAUGAUUGAGUUAAUAUCUGGUAAAGCUGGUGUGAUGAAUGGUACUCUAGAAUACGGUACGUGUUUUGGAGGUUCUAAACUGGAAGAUAUGUCCAAGAUUCUAGUUGAUCAAGGUUUCAAUUACUCUGGUAAAGACAUGUUAUACUCGGGUAUAACAGGUGAGUGUUUACAGGCUUAUAUCUUCUUUGGCCCAAUUUACUAUCAAAAACUGAAGCAUAUGGUUCUAGAUAAGAUGCAUGCAAGAGCUCGUGGUCCAAGAGCUGUAUUGACACGUCAACCGACUGAAGGUAGAUCUAGAGAUGGUGGUCUAAGACUUGGUGAAAUGGAAAGAGAUUGUGUGAUUGCCUAUGGCGCUUCCCAAUUACUGUUGGAAAGAUUAAUGAUCAGUUCAGAUGCGUUUGAGGUUGAUGUCUGCGAUAAGUGUGGGUUAAUGGGCUACAGUGGUUGGUGUACAACUUGUAAAAGUGCAGAAAAUAUUAUAAAAAUGACGAUUCCAUAUGCAGCAAAACUGUUAUUCCAGGAAUUACUAUCAAUGAACAUUGCCCCAAGAUUAAGGCUGGAAGACAUAUUUCAGCAAUAA